UUCACAUAUCUUCUCCAAUUCUUUUUGAAUUAAAAAAAAAAAAAAUUUAUAAUCUCCUAGCUCCUCCUCGAUGAAGCACAAGAAAGAAAAUAACAAAAACAGAAAAUGUACACCGUUGACCAUCACACUAAUUGCAAUCUCUAUUUUUGGUGUUUUAGUGUUGAAAGAUAUAACUUUGAUCACCAAAAUCAAUUUGAUCAGAUGGCCUCCUCUUCUCCAGCUCCAAACUGAUCAAGAAAACCAAAGUACCACCAUUCUUGAAAGUCAAAGUCAACAUCCAAAGAAUGAAUUGGCGGCCUGUGAUUUGUCACAAGGAAAAUGGGUAUUUGAUAACGUCACCCGGCCUUUAUACAAAGAACAAGAAUGUACUUUCCUCACAGCUCAGGUGACAUGUAUCAGAAAUGGCAGAGAAGACACACUUUACCAGAACUGGAGAUGGCAGCCAAAUCACUGCUCUUUGCCCACGUUUGAAGCAAGAAAGUUAUUGGAGAAGUUGAGGGGGAAGAAGAUGUUGUUUGUCGGUGACUCGGUGAACCGGAAUCAAUGGGAGUCGUUGAUUUGCUUGCUCCAGACCACGGUUCAACCCGGCAAGGCUACUUGGAAGAUGGGGGCCCCACUCUCCGUUUACUUUGUUCAGGAAUACAAUGCAACAGUAGAGUUCUACUGGGCACCAUUUCUGGUAGAGUCCAACUCAGAUGAUCCAAGAAACCACAGCAUUUCCCAGCGAAUAAUAAACCCCCACUCGAUUUCAAAGCACGGAAUCCAUUGGAAGGACGCCGAUUUCCUCGUCUUCAACUCCUACAUAUGGUGGAUGAACGGUCGCAACAUUAAAGUCUUACGGUCAGGAUCACCCGAAUACGAUGAAAUCGAACGCCCCAUUGCAUACGAAAGAGUUUUGACAACAUGGGCAAAUUGGCUAAAGCACAACAUCAAUCACAGCCGUACAUCAGCCUUCUUCAUCACCAUGUCUCCAGUUCAUCAGCAGAGUUCGAACUGGAACAAGCCUGAGGGAGCCGCAUGUGCCAGUGAAACUGAUCCAAUCUCGAACACAUCAACACCGUUGGAUAUGGGAACUGAUCGACGGCUCCUUAAAAUUACAAAGAAUGUGAUAAAAACAACAGGUGUCGCUGUGGGAUUGGUAGAUAUCACCACCCUGUCUGAGUACAGAAAAGACGGUCAUACAUCGGUUUACACAAUUCGACAAGGCAAACUUUUGACACCAGAACAGAAAGCUGAUCCAGCUACAUAUGCAGAUUGUCUGCACUGGUGCCUACCUGGUGUGCCUGAUACCUGGAACGAGUUGCUCUACGCCCAUAUCAUUUCAUCGUCUUCUUCUUCGUAGCAAAUAAAAUAAUUCUUUUUUUUUUUUGA